UUUUGUUACAGGAGCUAGAGUUAAUGCCAAAGACAGCAAAUGGUUGACUCCUUUACACAGAGCUGUGGCAUCUUGUAGCGAGGAUGCUGUUCAGGUGUUGUUAAAGCAUUCAGCAGAUGUCAAUGCUCGUGACAAGAACUGGCAGACACCCCUACAUAUAGCAGCUGCAAACAAAGCUGUGAAAUGUGCUGAAGCUUUGGUGCCUCUCCUAAGCAAUGUCAAUCUGUCUGAUCGAGCAGGUAGAACAGCAUUGCAUCAUGCAGCCUUCAGUGGACAUGUUGAGAUGGUCAGCUUACUGUUAUCUAGAGGGGCCAAUAUUAAUGCAUUUGACAAGAAAGACAGACGAGCCAUCCAUUGGGCAGCAUAUAUGGGUCAUAUUGAAGUUGUGAAAUUGCUUGUGGCCCAUGGAGCUGAAGUGACAUGCAAAGACAAGAAAUCAUAUACACCCUUACAUGCUGCAGCGUCUAGUGGGAUGAUAAGUGUAGUCAAAUAUCUUCUAGAUCUUGGAGUUGAUAUGAAUGAACCAAAUGCCUAUGGAAAUACACCUCUCCAUGUAGCUUGCUACAACGGGCAAGAUGUUGUAGUGAACGAACUCAUAGACUGCGGUGCUAAUGUAAAUCAAAUGAAUGAGAAGGGUUUUACACCUCUGCACUUUGCUGCUGCGUCAACACAUGGAGCGUUGUGUUUAGAGCUUUUGGUCUGUAACGGAGCAGAUGUAAAUAUGAAGAGUAAAGAUGGGAAAACACCUUUGCACAUGACAGCUAUCCAUGGUAGAUUUUCAAGAUCCCAAACCAUCAUUCAAAAUGGAGCUGAAAUAGACUGUGAAGAUAAGAAUGGAAAUACUCCUUUGCACAUAGCAGCUAGAUAUGGCCAUGAGCUAUUAAUCAACACUCUGAUUACGAGUGGUGCUGACACUGCAAAGCGGGGUAUACAUGGGAUGUUUCCUCUCCAUUUGGCAGCAUUAAGUGGAUUUUCAGACUGCUGCAGAAAGCUCCUCUCAUCAGGUUUUGACAUUGACACACCAGAUGACUUUGGCAGGACUUGUCUUCAUGCAGCUGCAGCUGGAGGGAAUUUGGAGUGCCUAAAUCUUCUGCUAAAUACUGGUGCAGACUUCAACAAAAAGGACAGAUUUGGAAGAACUCCACUCCAUUAUGCUGCUGCCAAUUGUAAUUAUCAGUGCCUGUUUGCCCUUGUGGGAUCUGGAGCUAGUGUGAAUGACCUUGAUGAGAGGGGUUGUACACCUCUGCACUAUGCAGCUGCAUCAGACACUGAUGGAAAGUGCCUGGAAUACUUGCUAAGAAAUGAUGCCAAUCCGGGGAUCCGAGACAAACAAGGAUACAAUGCAGUACAUUAUUCAGCUGCUUAUGGACAUCGCUUAUGUCUUGAACUGAUUGCAAGCGAAACGCCUCUAGAUGUUCUAAUGGAAACAUCAGGUACUGACAUGCUGAAUGAUUCUGACAACAGAGCACCUAUAAGUCCACUGCAUUUAGCUGCCUAUCAUGGCCACCAUCAAGCUCUGGAAGUCCUGGUACAGUCGCUGCUGGACCUUGAUGUGAGGAAUAAUAAUGGAAGGACACCACUGGAUCUUGCUGCCUUUAAGGGACAUGUGGAAUGUGUAGAUGUGCUCAUUAACCAGGGAGCAUCAAUCUUAGUGAAAGAUUAUGUUGUAAAGAGGACCCCAAUACAUGCUGCAGCUACCAAUGGUCAUUCAGAAUGUUUGCGGCUAUUGAUAGGAAAUGCAGAGCCACAGAACGCAGUGGACAUUCAAGAUGGAAAUGGACAGACUCCUCUGAUGUUGUCAGUUCUCAAUGGGCACACUGACUGUGUUUAUUCACUCCUUAACAAAGGAGCAAAUGUAGAUGCCAAAGAUAAGUGGGGAAGGACAGCAUUACAUAGAGGGGCAGUUACUGGGCACGAGGAGUGUGUGGAAGCAUUGCUUCAACAUGGUGCUAAGUCCUUAUUACGAGACUGUAGGGGACGAACCCCUAUACAUUUGUCAGCUGCAUGUGGACAUAUAGGUGUUCUAGGAGCUCUCCUGCAGUCAGCUGCAUCUGCGGAUGCAGUACCUGCAAUAGCAGACAAUCAUGGCUAUACAUCACUGCAUUGGGCCUGCUAUAAUGGUCAUGACAGUUGUGUAGAGCUCCUCCUGGAACAGGAGAUUUUCCAGAAAAUGGAAGGAAAUUCUUUCAGCCCAUUGCAUUGUGCUGUGAUAAAUGACAAUGAGGGUGCUGCAGAAAUGUUAAUUGAUACACUAGGUGCUGGUAUUGUAAAUUCAACAGAUUCAAAAGGAAGAACUCCUCUUCAUGCAGCAGCUUUUACAGAUCAUGUUGAGUGUCUACAGCUUCUGCUCAGCCACAAUGCUCAAGUAAAUGCUGUAGAUUCUUCUGGGAAAACACCUUUAAUGAUGGCUGCAGAAAAUGGACAGACAAAUACAGUUGAGGUGCUGGUUAGCAGUGCUAAGGCUGAUCUGACUUUGCAAGACAGUUCUAAGAACACAGCACUCCAUUUGGCUUGCAGCAAGGGUCAUGAAACUAGUGCCUUGUUAAUACUGGAGAAGAUUACGGACAGAAACCUCAUCAAUGCCACCAAUGCAGCCUUGCAAACACCUCUGCAUGUUGCUGCUCGGAAUGGACUAACGGUUGUAGUUCAAGAGCUUUUAGGGAAGGGAGCAAGUGUACUUGCUGUAGAUGAAAAUGGUUACACACCAGCUUUGGCCUGUGCGCCCAAUAAGGAUGUGGCUGACUGCCUUGCGCUCAUUCUGGCCACGAUGAUGCCUGUUUCAUCGAGCAGCACAUUACCUUCCCUUACGUUCAAUGCCAUUAAUCAUUACACCAACACCUCAAAAACUGUCACCUUCGAUUCCUUGCCCAUUAUGAGGAGUGACCAUAGCUCCUACUGUACUUUCAACAACAUUGGCAGGGAAGGUGGCUACCCGUACACAGAAGAAGACGAACUCAAUGACUCAGAUUCUGAGACCUAUUAGAAGCUGCGUUUUGUAGGUCUGAAGAGCGCACCUCACGCUGGAAGGUCAGACUUGUGCUGUCAUAAAGCUACCAGCGUCUGAACACAAAACGAGGACAGACCUCGGAGAAGAUGUUUUUUAUGUGGUUGCAUAUUAAAAAAUUAAAAUCCGUGAGACUCUAGGAGGAUUUUUAAGAGCUUAUUUUGCAGAAGAAGCAUAAAUUCUUGAAUAAGUACUUGGAAUCCAUGGCAAAAAAAAAAAAAGAAUGUCCAACUGUUUUAUUUAUCUGUAUUCUACCAUUCUGUUUCUGGUGCCGGGAGUAAUUUCUGCAGACUGGGCACCCUACUUGAUGUAAAUGAACGACACUAUUGUACAACGCAAAGGAUGCUAGAUUUAGAUAUUAUAAAUGAAACUAAAACCGUUUUGAAGGCAAUAAA